AUGUGCGUGAAUGAGACUGGAGUCCAGAAGAUAAGGCUAGGAUAGGUGAUGCUCAGUCAUCUUGAAUGAAUCAGUUAAAGGCUGCCUUGGCUACUAUGGAUGAUGCGGAGGUCCUGAAAAAGCGGGGCUAUGUAAUGGGAAUCAAUCUCGGAGAAGGAUCCUACGCAAAAGUGAAAUCAGCCUACUCAGAUCGGCUGAAAUGCAAUGUGGCGGUCAAGAUCAUCGAUAAGAAGAAAGCCCCACGGGAUUUCUUGGAGAGGUUUCUUCCCCGAGAGAUUGAGAUGCUGGCCAGAGUGAAACACCAAGCCAUCAUCAAAACCUAUGAGAUCUUUGAGACCUCGGACGGGAAAGUCUUCAUUGUGACCGAACUCGGCGUACAAGGCGACUUGCUGGAGUUCAUCAAGAGGAGAGGAGCUCUCCCUGAAGAUGUCGCUCGGAAGAUGUUCCGCCAGUUAGCCAGCGCUAUCAAAUACUGCCACGAGUUGGACAUUGUCCACCGAGACUUGAAGUGCGAGAACCUCCUGCUGGACAAAGAGUACAACAUCAAACUGACGGACUUUGGCUUCUCCAGACGCUUGACCCGUGAUGAGGACGGCAGGGUCGUCCUCAGCAAAACCUUCUGCGGUUCUGCAGCCUACGCGGCCCCUGAAGUGCUGCAAGGUAUUCCUUACCAACCCAAGGUGUAUGACAUAUGGAGCCUGGGCGUUGUCCUCUUCAUCAUGGUGUGCGGCUCCAUGCCUUAUGACGACUCAAACAUCAAAAAAAUGCUCAAGCUUCAGAAGGAGCAUCGGGUGCACUUCCCCCGGUCAAAGGUACUGUCCAUCGAAUGCAAGGAUCUCAUCUACCGCAUGCUCCAACCCGAUGUGUCCCGUCGAUUGUGCAUUGAUGAGGUUUUGAUGCAUGUCUGGAUGCAAGACCCCAAGUCUGUUUCGGACACCACGCUGUCGAAGCCAGGGGAGAGUUCCCAUCAUCAGAAUCAGAUCAAGGCCUUAUAUGGCAAAGAAUCCGGGCCUGAGCCCUCCGACAACGAACAAGUUAUCCAAGAGGAAAGGCAUGCUGACCUGGACAAACUCGCCGAGCAGGUGCAAAGGACUUCUCUCUGAAAGAGCCAGAGACCUAGUGACAACCCAUAGAUGAUGGACAGUGGCUAUUGGCAGAUCAUCUGGGAAGAUCUCUUUGCUAAAACAAAAAACUUUGGGGGAGAGAUUGAAAAAAGGGAAGAAAGUUUUCUCCAACGUCAAGUACUUUUCCAUCUCCAUCCUGGAAGUUAAGAUCCACCCUGCUCCAAAUCUCAACAUUUCUAAGAGGCCCAACAUCGUAGGGAGAGAAACUGGCACUCCCCCUCUUCCACUUAUUCAUUUUCUCCAAAUGAAGAAGAAGAAAAAAAAACCUGUAGAUUGAUUUUGCUAUGACCUGAGGCUUGGUCUCUUCACUUUCAGGUUGGCCUGGUAGUACUGUGAGAUCUGUCAUAUCCCAUCCAACCAGCCAGAGACCAAAACUGGAGUACCUGUUGCUUUUCUGCAUCGAACGCAUACCCUGCAAACUGACCUCUUCCUUUUGACCUGUCUGCAACUUUGGAACACACACUUUUGCCAGGAAAGCAUACACCUA